UUCGGAUAAGGCUAAAAGCCAGUAUAUCAUUCCUCCUAACUCCUACGCAACUACUACUUCACUACUACACAAUUAUAUAUAUGUGACAUGCAGAUGUCAUCUAAUCUUUCUAAUGGAUAACACGAAUAUAAUUGUUUUAUUUUUUACCGAUUAUUUUUUAUUUCUCUCUCUCGUACUCUAUAUAUAUAUACCAUUUACUAGUUCGCCUCCUAAGACAAACCAAACCAAACUAAACCAUAUUCUCUUACAAACUUUUGUUUACUUGCAUCUUUUCUGUUUCUUUCACAAUAUGGAAAGUGUACAACGUAGCUGGCUCAGGGGGGCUUGUAUAGGCCAAGGCUCGUUCGGGACCGUGAAUCUCGCCGUUGAUGAAUCGGACGGUCGCGUUUUCGCGGUCAAGUCGGUUGAGCUGACGUCAUCAAACUCCCAGUUGUUAGCUCUUGAGAACGAGAUUAAGAUUCUUAAAUCGCUUUCGUCGCCGUAUGUUGUGAAUUACCUCGGCGACGAUGUGAGCAGGGAGAAUUCUACGGCGUAUCGGAAUUUACACGUGGAGUAUAUGCCAGGUGGGACGGCGGCCGAGUUGGCCAAGUUUCCCGGAGCUGACGUGGACGAGGGGAUUGUCGGUCCGGUGACACGGUGUGUUGUGUCGGCGUUGAAGUACGCGCAUUCCUUGGGAAUUGUGCAUUGCGAUGUCAAGGGGAGAAAUGUUCUGGUGGGGUCCAGUAAAGGUGUUGCCAAGCUGGCCGAUUUCGGGUCCGCGGUGGAAUCAAAGGAGUGGAAGUUGCCACGUGGCAGCCCGCUUUGGAUGGCGCCGGAGGUGAUCCGAGGUGAGUAUCAAGGACCCGAGUCCGAUGUUUGGUCUUUGGGUUGCACGGUUAUCGAGAUGGUGACGGGGAAGCCAGCGUGGCAAGAUAAGGGAUUCGACACCGUGUUUCGAAUCGGAUAUUCCGAUGAUUUGCCGAAGAUUCCAUCUCAAUUGUCUCGACUCGGUAAAGAUUUUUUGGACAAGUGUUUGAGGAGGAAUCGUGAAGAGAGGUGGAGCUGUGAUCAGUUGUUGCAGCAUCCGUUUUUACUCACAACUUGUUUAUCCGACGUGGAUGCUGAGGUGUCACCGAGGUGUACUCUCGAUUGGUUAAAUUCCAAUUUUUCGGACGAAGAUGAUGAUCAGAAUCUUGAAAUAUUUAAUUUUGAAUUCGGUACGACAAAAAUCGACUCAAACGUAGCUAAUGUCAAAAGUUCGGAUUUUCUCGGAAAGGAUAGGAUAAGUAAAUUAGCUUCAAAGACGGGGGCAAUCUGGGAAGAAUCAGAUGGCUGGGUUUCGGUGAGAACAUUGGCAGAUGAGAAAGAGCAAGCGGCCGGUUCAAAUUGGUCCAACGGCGCUGACGAAAAGGAGGAAGAAAGGGCAAUUAUGGAAGUUGAUGAUUUAACCGAGGAAACAACCAAGACAUGUUCGGUUUCGAAAGUGUGCGGUGAAAUAAGUGGAGCGAUAAACUGCGAAUAUUCAGAUUCAAAAGACAAUAAUAAUGUUUUACUGAAUCAAGAAUUUCACGAGUGCUUUCCCGACAAAUUUACAGCAAGAGCAGAAGGUGUUUUGAUCUGUCCGCAUGUGAUUCAGCAUAAAAGUUACAGCUAUUGUACUGGCAAUCAUAUGUUUUGGUUGUCCUAUUUUUACUGUCACAAAUGUAAACACAGAUCAUAUAUGACAAUUUUAUGUUUUACAUUUUGUGUUCAACUCCGCUUCAUCACAUGUUUUCUUACCGAAAGCGAUAAAUUAGAAUUGAAAAUAAAAGCAAACCAUUGCUUACACCGUUACACGUCACAUAGUUAA